GAGCGGUUCAAAAUGGAGCGGUUCAGUUUCUGAUUUGGUUUGAGUAAACCAUAGAUUUUGCACGUGCGCAUAAACCCCUUUGUUUCAAGCUUCUUCUUCUUCUCACUGUCAAAUAUUUGAUCUUUGCACAUUUCCCAUGAUCUCCAUAGCUCCCCAUCCAAAUUCAAUUGAUGCAUUGAAGUUUAAAAUGUCUGCUCAAAAGGAUCCUCAUAAGUUCUUCAUGUCUAUCAGUCAAGAAGAGAAUAAUCCAUUUGACUAUUUUCGUGCUCUAUAUGAAGGUUGUAUUGCUGGAGGUGUUGCUGGUGUUGCUGUAGAAGCAGUUUUAUACCCCAUUGAUACCAUCAAAACUCGACUACAGGUUGCUCGUGGCGGAGUAAAUAUUGUUUUCAAGGGUUUGUAUUCUGGAUUGGCUGGAAAUCUUGCUGGUGUCUUACCAGCUUCUGCAAUUUUUAUUGGUGUGUAUGAACCAGCAAAGCAGAAAUUGCUAGAGAUCUUCCCUGAAAAUCUAAGCGCUCUGGCUCACAUUGCUGCAGGUACUAUUGGAGGAGCCGCUUCUUCUCUUGUUCGUGUUCCAACUGAGGUUGUUAAGCAAAGGAUACAGACCGGUCAAUUCAAAUCAACCCCAGCUGCUGUCCGUCUUAUCAUUGCUAAUGAGGGUUUUAAAGGUCUUUAUGCGGGAUAUGGAUCUUUCUUAUUGCGAGAUUUACCAUUUGAUGCUUUAGAAUUAUGCAUCUACGAACAGCUCCGUAUCGGGUAUAAACUAGCGGCAAAAAGAGAUCUAAAUGAUCCAGAGAAUGCUAUGCUUGGGGCUUUUGCUGGCGCCAUAACUGGAGCAGUUACAACUCCACUUGAUGUAGUGAAAACCAGAUUGAUGGUUCAGGGAACUCAAAAAUAUUACAACGGCAUUUGUGAUUGUGUUAGGACAAUAGUUAAAGAAGAAGGAGCUCAUGCUCUUUUUAAGGGUAUUGGACCAAGAGUUUUAUGGAUAGGAAUAGGUGGUUCAAUAUUUUUUGGUGUUCUUGAGAAGACAAAGAAAAUUCUUGCUCAGAAGCACUCCCAAACUAAUGCACAGAAGUGAGUUUAAAAAUGCAGGAUUAAGCUGCUGCUGAAGCCACUUAUUGUCCAGAUUCUUUCUCUCCUUCAUCCCUAAAUUGUUUCCUUGGGCCUGAAGAUUUCUCUAAAAGGCUGAAAAAGAGCAUGCUGUCACAUAUGUAAAUUUAUUUAUUUUUAACAUUUCCUUUCUAGAAAAUGAUAAAUUUCCUAUUCAAACACCAAACAUUGGAGCAAGAGAAUUUGGAUUGAAAGAAAAAAUUGAAACUCAGAUUAUAUAAGAUGGUCUUGAAAUUUUCAUCA